AUGGAUAUAGAAAGCGAGAAUUCAAGUACAACUACUGGUGCUAAAAUCCAUGAAACGUUUGCAUCGGACGCAGCUGAAGUAUCGGAAGGUGGUAUCUCAAAACCAACUGCUCAAGUUUCAACCACUACAAUUCAGCAGGCGUCUUCAGCUCAACGUGGUUUGCCAAACUACUCUCUUUUAGCGGAGCUGAAUGGUCAUCAGAAAUCCGUACUCUCGUUGAAGUUCUCACCGUGCGGUAUCUAUUUGGCCUCAGCUUCGGCAGAGACAACUAUCCGUGUGUGGUUUGUAAACGAUGGUAAACCUAUGCAGACAUUGAUUGGACACAAAGCUGGGAUCAAUUGCCUCGCAUGGAGUUCGAACUCGCUUUUCCUUGCCUCCGCGUCAGACGACAAAACGGUGAAAAUUUGGGAGGUGGGGACUGGGAAGCGCAUCAGAACUCUCAGAGGUCACACUAGUAACGUAGUUUGUUGCGCAUACAAUCCGCAGUGUGAGAUGGUCGCCUCGGGAUCGUCCGACAAGACUGUGAAGAUUUGGGAUCUCCGUACAAGACUCUGUAGAGCAGUUCUGCCUGCUCACGGCGAUAUUGUUACAGCGGUCUCUUUCAAUCAUGACGGAAUCCUACUAUGCUCGAGCUCUUAUGAUGGUCUUGUGAGGAUUUGGGAAACCCGGAAUGGUCGGUUUCUGAAGACAAUAGUAGAUCAUGACGUUGUCCCAUUGGGCUUCGUUAAAUUCUCACCGAAUGGCAUGUACAUCUUAGCAUCAAGACUUAACAGCACUCUUAAACUAUGGGAUUUCAUUGAAGACAAGUGUAUGAAGACUUACACUGGCCAUGUCAACCAAAACUACUGGAUAUUUUCGAAUUUCUCUGUGACGGGCGGAAAAUGGAUCGUAUCUGGAUCAGAGGACAAGAAAAUCUACAUUUGGGACCUGCAGACGAAGGAAAUUGUUCAGACGAUCGACUGUCGGCAAGAUGUCGUUCUGGCUACCGACUGCCAUCCCAAUCAAAACAUAAUAGCCUCGUCUGGACUUGGGUCAGAUUUUUCAAUUCACUUGUGGAAGAGUGACUUUUAA